CUCGAGAGACCAAGGACCUCCUCUGCUAAACACUGUGUUCCUUCCUCUCGCUCGUUGCAGAGGACAAGAGGGGCAGUAUAUAUAUGAUCAUUUCACCGCGACGAGCCAUUGGUUUAACGCAUUUUCUCCGCCGUCGUCGAUUCUCUCUCCUCCAGAUCUGAUCCUCCGCCAUGGCGUCUUGCUCCGCCGUCCAACCUCUUCUGUCGGUGUUUCUCGCCGCCGUCCUCCUCCUCGCUCCCGCACUGGCCUCCGAGUCAGAUCACAAGUAUCAAGUGGAUGAGCAGGUUACCCUGUGGGUGAACAAAGUUGGCCCUUACAACAACCCUCAAGAAACAUAUAACUACUAUAGUCUUCCGUUUUGUCGCCCAUCUCAAGAUGGUGUUCACAAAUGGGGUGGUCUUGGCGAGGUUCUUGGUGGAAACGAACUUAUUGACAGCAAGAUUGACAUCAAGUUCUUGAAAAAUGUUGACAGAAAUGUGAUAUGUCAACUGGAACUCACUAAAGCAAAUGUCAGGCAGUUUAAAGAUGCCAUUGAAAAUGGUUAUUGGUUUGAAUUCUUCAUGGAUGAUCUGCCGUUGUGGGGCUUUGUGGGUGAGCUGCAUCCUGACAAAAACAAUGAUAAUGUCAAGCAUGUCCUCUACACGCAUAAAAAUAUCGUUGUUAAAUACAACAAAGACCAAAUCAUUCAUGUUAAUCUCACUCAAGACAAUCCAAGGCCGUUGGAAGCAGGGAGGAAACUUGACUUGACGUACUCCAUGAAAUGGGUACCAACAAAUGUCACAUUUGCUCGUCGUUUUGAUGUUUAUCUGGAUUAUCCUUUCUUUGAGCACCAGAUCCAUUGGUUCUCCAUUUUCAACUCAUUCAUGAUGGUUAUUUUCCUCACUGGUCUUGUGUCGAUGAUUUUGAUGAGGACUCUCAGAAAUGAUUAUGCGAAAUAUGCUCGGGAAGAUGAUGAUUUGGAGAGCUUGGAACGGGAUGUAAGUGAAGAGUCUGGUUGGAAACUUGUGCACGGAGAUGUGUUCCGUUCACCUCACAGUCUGUCUCUCCUCUCCGCUGUUGUUGGAACCGGUGCACAGUUGGCAUUGCUGGUUCUUCUCGUCAUUUUAUUGGCAAUCGUCGGUACACUCUAUGUCGGGAGAGGAGCAAUUGUCACAACUUUCAUAGUUUGCUAUGCUCUGACUUCCUUUGUCUCUGGUUACGUGAGUGGUGGAUUGUACUCAAGAAAUGGCGGUAAACACUGGAUCAAGUGCAUGAUCCUCACAGCUUCUCUCUUCCCAUUUAUGUGCUUUGGAAUUGGCUUUGUCCUCAACACAAUCGCCAUAUUCUACGGAUCUCUCGCGGCUAUUCCCUUCGGGACAAUGGUGGUUGUUUUCGUUAUCUGGGGUUUCAUUUCAUUCCCUCUUGCCCUCCUCGGAACGGUUGUCGGAAGAAACUGGAGCGGUGCUCCAAACAACCCAUGCCGGGUGAAGACCAUCCCUCGUCCAAUUCCCGAGAAAAAGUGGUAUCUCACGCCAUCUGUGGUCUCGCUGAUGGGAGGUCUGCUUCCCUUUGGCAGCAUCUUCAUCGAGAUGUACUUCGUCUUCACUUCCUUCUGGAAUUACAAGGUCUACUAUGUAUAUGGAUUCAUGCUACUGGUGUUUUUGAUUCUCGUCAUCGUGACGAUAUGCGUGACUAUUGUGGGAAGUUAUUUCCUGUUGAACGCAGAGAACUACCACUGGCAAUGGACAUCAUUUUUCUCCGCAGCAUCGACUGCAGUCUACGUCUACUUGUACUCCAUCUACUACUACUACGUCAAGACCAAGAUGUCCGGUUUCUUCCAGACAAGCUUCUACUUCGGUUACACUUUGAUGUUCUGUCUCGGCCUCGGAAUCCUCUGUGGAGCGGUAGGAUACUUGGGUUCGAGUUUGUUCAUUAGGAGGAUCUAUAGAAACAUCAAGUGCGACUAACAAAGUGAGGUAAAAUGAUCGGAAAAAGGACGAGCCUCGAGGGAACGGGACCGAGCGUGGUUCCGAGGCUUAGAAUUCUAGAGAUAAUACUGCAUUUGUGUUUAUCUCUUGAAUUCAAGGGAAAAGGGAUGCACAAUGAAGGGGGAGGAGCCCUGCGAGCUUUUCUUCUUCGUCUUUUGUUUUACUUUUGCUCCUCUUUUUGUUAAGUCUUUAGAAUUCAAGAGAUAAUUACUGCUUUUGUGUUAUAUGUUUUUUCUUUUUUUUUUCUUUUUUUUCUUUGUAUUUGAUCAGUAGUGGGCAGCUGUGGUUCUUCGGUUGUACAAGUAGCAUGUAAUUUUUCGUCCCUAUUCCCUCACACACACACAUUAUGCUCACAUUUAUUUUUGCACCAUGAAUUUGUUUGUGUU